GUUUGUCAUUAUCCAUUAUCGCUUCUUUGGCGUUUCGACACGAAAAAACGUAUUUUACGAAAUUAAUUUUCGAUUAAUUUAUGAUAAUCUUAUGUAAUUAUACAUCUACGGUAUCCUUUAAUAUAAUAAUAAGGAUUGAGAUGUCAAAUAUUAACGGAAUUUCUAAUGUGAAGUGCUUAAGGACAACAACAUAAAAAAGUUCGACGUCAAUAAAAAUGGUUUCAACUUUGAAUCUCGAAGAAAAAUUAAAAAAAGUUCGAAAAAAUUUUUGUUUUCAUUUGGAUAUUGAAGACCGCAAACUCCUUAGAUCUAUAUCACAGAGGAUUCGAGAGAUGGGCUUGCAAGAGGCCGUGUUGUUGACGUCACGGGUGACGCACGUGGUGACGUCGCGGGCUCCGAGCGCGCCGGUGGCGACAUGCGCGCGCGGUGACCGCCGCGCCGAUGCCAUGCUCCAACGGGUGGCGCCCGAACCAGAUCCGCCGCCACAUCAGGCGCCACGCCACUACAUACAACUUACCGUACAGCAGGGUCUGCCGGCCCGUUUACAAGGAGUUCGACGAAUGGCCAGAGAUAGCGCUAGAGCCUGACCCGCCGCGGGAGAAGAGAGAGAAAAAGGAAUCUGCGGUGAAUCCGCUCGUGAAUCUGAAUCUGUCGAACGUCCCGGGUCCGAGAAUGACGCGAAAGAGUCGACCGCGCAUCAAGGAGAAAGAGGAGAAGGACCAGAAAGCGGGUUUCUGCGAGAUGUGCAACACGGAGUACCUGGACGUAGCGCUGCACCGGCGGUCGCCGCAUCACGUGGCGUUCGUGCGCGACCACGCCAACUUCCUCGCGCUCGACUCCCUCAUCGGGGCCGGCGCCGACGUCGCCACGUUCCUCGACAGGGCCGCCGUCAACGGCGAGCGGCGCUCCCUCCGCAACGUGUGCAACGGCGACGACAGCAAGCGCCGCUCCAAGCGCUCGCAGACGCCGGACUCGCUGCUCUCGGACCGCAGCCCGCGCCGGAACGGCCUCGUCGACGACGAGCGGAAACACAACACCAGAUGUGCCAAACGGACAGACGCGCAACAGCUCGAGGACCGCCAGUACUACAAGGUGGUCGGCGUCAGCACGAAGCUCCGCUCGAGCGGCGGGUUCAUCACCAAGAGGAAAGAUUCGCCGCUCGCAUGCAAUGGUACCGCACCCCUCGUCGUUAAGUUUAGAAAGGUCCGCCGCUCCGAACUGUCGGUGUUGAGCGACGAGGCGGAGCAGUUCAUGUUCCCAAAACGAGCGAGCUCCACGAGCUCGACGUCGUCAGACGACGAAGAGGAGGAAGAGAAGGUCCCCCGGGCGAAGCGGAAGAGUCCGGCGCUCCCGCCACCCGCGCCCACGCCCGAGCGGCGCCGCCUCGCGCGACCGCUCGCCCUCAAGGAGGAGUCCUCCGAGGAAGACAGCUGGCCCGACGAUACACGGAGACGGAAGCGACGGCCGGCCCCGGCCGCGAAGAGGGGAAGAAGGGCCGGCCCGCUCCGCCCGCCGACGGAACCACGCGCUUCCGCAGCAGACCCGCCCGCUCUCGAGGCCGAGCCUCCCCUCCCUUCCGCAGUGCCAGCCCCGAAAGUGGAGCCCGAGGUGAGUCCUCUCCGCGAGGAGCCCGUCGAGAAGUGCAUGAAAUGGGAGGACGGCAAACUGAAGUACACGCCGGCCGUCGAGCAGCUGGAAUUCGCGUUCGAGUCGGUGCCGGCGAGCGAGCCCUGGUUCGAGACCUUCCGGCGGCAGGACCAAGAUAAAGUCGUCGUGAAAAAUAUACCUCAGUAUUUUGAGUUGUAUAAUAAAGCUGCACCAAAGUUACCAUAUGAAAUCGGCCAGCUCCCUCCUCUGAAACCCAACUGCUGUCCGCUCAGCGACCUGGUGCCGACUAAAAAAGACGAAAAAGCCGGCCCUUCGCGGGCGUACGGAACGCGGGGUAUGAAGAAGCAAAGAAUACGAAAGAGAACGGCUGCUAUAUUGGCGAUGGAAGCGCAUCCUAGAAAAUCUCCGCGAGAGCAUGCGUCGACGCUGGCGAUCCUCGGGUCGGCUGGUCUGCUCAACAGGAGGAGACACCUCGACGACGCCAAGUCUACGGCCUCCGAGGACACGGUCAGCGACGCCCCUAACGCCGCCAAGGCCGAGCCCGUCCUUACCGAGGCCCAGGAGGCGUCCGAGCGGCUGCAGAGGUUCCUGUCCGAAGUGUUCGAGGACGCCGCCGAGUUCGACAUGAGCGACGACGGCAUCCAGGGCGGGGCCGUCAUAGGCACCUCCACCACCGCGCCCGACGUCUCCAGCCUCGUGUCCGAGUGCGAAGACUGCGACAUCAUACGGAACGAGAUCAGGGCCGGCGCCGCGGAGCGAUCCCGCGGCAGGAGGGGCAAGUUCAAGAAGAAGAACAGGACCGGCUGGCCGAACAAGAGGAAGACGAAGAAGGGCUCGCGGACGGCCAGCCUCGAGUCCGAACCGAAACCGGCCGAGGAGCCCCCUGACGACGACACCACGCAGAGCGCUCUCAGCGACGACACCUCGCUCUCCGACGCUGACAAAACCGUCGUCGAGAAGCCCGCCGCCGACCCGAACGGGGACGCGUUAGCCGACGAGAGCGUCCAGCUAGGCGUGAAGGUGCUCAUCCAGGACGAGAAAGAGAAACCGCCCGAGAAGGAAGACAAACGGCGGUCGCGCUCGUCGAUAUCCGAGGAGGAGAAGGAGUUGAGGAAGAAGAAGCGCGCGCUGCAGGGCCUGCUGCUGCAGCCCGUGGUACGUGUGGCGCGCGUGGACCCGGCGGCGGCGCGGCGGCUACGGUCAGCGCGCGCGCCCGCGCCCGCCUCCGCCUCCGCACCCGCCCGCAGGUAGCACACGCCCCGGGGCCUGCUCUGGCUCGCCGCGCUCUAAGCCGGGGGGACGAUUUGCGAUAGUCGUGCCAGUGAUCCUUAUUUAUUUAUUGUUUAAAGACCGUUAUUUUCUUCGACUCCGGCGAGGUGGGCUAUGAGCUAUGAUAGUGCCGGCCCGGAGACGUAUCGAGAACCGACGACCGGCCCGGGUUGCUAUGUAAAAAAAAAACCGGACCGAUUUGUGCUCGGUCGAUCGACCGUAGAGGAAUAUUUAGAUUUAUUUUAUUAAAAAAAGCUAAUAUAUCUCGAGGCUCGAAACUGCAUGAAUAUCUUGUAAAUAAACACUUGUAAUAUAACUAACGUUCGUCAGACUAGCGUGUCGUGUGUGUGAGUACGUAACGGUGCGGUGCAUUUAGAUGUUCGAGCUUAGUCUGUAUAUAAAUGUUAAAAUGUAUGCUUAGAGUACAGGUCUUUUUUUCUUUAAUCGAGAUGAGUUUUGUCUCGUAUCAUUAAAAGUUGAUUAUUCU